AGCUCCGGACAAACUGAGAAAGACAGCGAGCUGCAGGAUGGAAGUGACGAAGCAGCAGAGGUCUCUGCAGCGACUGUCCGACCUGCUCACCAGAAUCAGUCAGGUCCAGAGCCAGAUGAGCCGACCCCCCAGCCUCAGCCUGACCAUAGUGGUGCAGAUGACUACCUCCCUGCAGCCAUUCAUUCAGAGCAAGAAAAUGGUGCUCAGGUGCCGUUGACACUUCAGCUCUCAAACUUUAACACAUCAGAAGACAUGGAGGAUCAGGAGACGCUGAUGGGGGACGAAGAGGAGGAAGAGGAGGACGAGUUCAUCGUUCUCAGCUCUGAACAUCCCCUGGUCAGAAGGCAACAGGCAGCUCUGAGCAGCCAGCUCAGUAAGCAGCUGGAGAGGAUCAACCUGGGACUGAAGGAAAAGCUGGCAAUGGAGAAGGCAGAUGACAACCACAUAAAGGAGAUGGGUGUUGAGAUGUUCAGGCUUCAGGACCAGCUGGCCAGACUCCAGACUAGACUAGAUGACCGUCAUCAUAACAAGGCACAAGCUGAAGCCAAACAUCGGCAGGCACAGGAUCAGCUGGAGGAGAUGAAGAGCCAGUAUUCUAGUAUCACCAGCCAAGACGGCAAAGCCAAAGCCAAUGUGUCCAAGUUACAGGUGGAGAUAGACAACCUGAUGCUGCAUCUCGUCUUCACACAAGGAGUCAGUGAAGAUCUGCACUCUAAUGUCAAAGCCAUGAAGAAUGCCAGGCGCAAAGCGGGAGCUGAGAAGAGCCAGGCCGAAGAUCAGAAAUUUAAGCAGGAUUUGUAUGUGGAGCGUCUAACAAAGGACACGGAGAGGCUGACUCAGCAGAUAGCCAUGUAUGAGGCCGAGGCCAAUGCUCAAGCAGAGGAGACACAGGCAGCCAAAGAGGCUCUCUCCGGGGCUGAGAUGGAAAUGGAGUCUCUGGUGAUGGUGCGUAACCAGCUGAUGCAGCAGUGGAACCGAAGCCUGGUGGGCAUGAGGAGACGAGAUGAGGCCUUCUGCGCCAUGCAGGAGGCUGUGCGCACCAUCGAGGACCAGGGGAUCUUGCUGGACAGAGAGAUUGAAGGUUACAAGAGAUCCACCACUGAAGAGCAGGAGCAAAAUGAGACACUAACUAUGCAGCUGAACUGGUCCCAGAUGGACUGUGCCACCUCCAAAAAGCUGAUCAGUCAGAAACAGGCCCAGCAAGAGGCUCUGCAGGCCCACUACAGCACCUGCCUUCGCACUCUGAGGGAGACAGAGCGCACCCUCGCCAGGCUCUCUAAGGAAACUAGCACCCAACAUGCUGAAGUGAACGAUCAGAGGAGGCAGUUGAAGAAAGAGAGUGCUGUGCGUCUGGAGUCGGAGGACAAGAUCAUGACCUACAUCCAGCAGAAGCUCACCCACAACAAGGCGGCCAAGUACUCCCAACGACUCACCAGCAGGAUAGCAACACUCAAGACGGAGAAGAUCUCUCAGUUGUGGCAACUGGAGAAUGACGUAUUAGCGGUGGGACUGGAGAGCAGUGAGGUCGGCCAACAUCUGGACAGCCUGGCCCUCACCCUGGAGACCCUAGAUGAGAAGAUCGCUAAGUACAACAAGUUACUGACAUCCAACCGGACUAAGAUGUCUUCCCUUGUUACUCUCAUCGGGCAGAAUCAGGCCUCCAUCGCCAACUAUAACAAAAAUAUCUAUCAAAUUGCAGCCAGCACUGGGCACGAGGAUCUGAGUCCUCUGCAAAUCAAGGUCGAGGCAAUAUUGUCUCAGAUUGAGGAGCUGGCAGCGAAUAUUAAGAGCGACCAGCAUCUCUGGAUGAGACGGCAGGGGACUCUGGUAGGACUGACCCAGGAGAUAGAAGCUAACAGCAAGGACAUGCUCACACUGCAGACAGAGUACACCGCCAUGCAGCUGAAGAAAAUACGCUUGGAGAGUCAGAUUGAAGUGGAGCACCGUGAGGAGACGGAGCUGGAUAAGAAUGCGAAGAUGCUGAGAGGAGACCUGCUGAAGCUCAACACCCUGCUGAGCAAGAACGGGCAGCUCAGCCAGGCGCUAGAGCAGGAGAACGCAUUGAUGGAGACAGACUUCCUGCACAGACUUAAGGAGGCAGAGCGGGAGUCCAUCGAGAUGCAGAUGAAACACGAGAAGACCCAGGAGGAGAAAGAGAGACUCCUCAACAGUCUUGUGGAGGCGGAACGACAGAUUAUGCUGUGGGAGAAGAAGACCCAGCUUGUGAAAGAGACUCGUUCAGCUGUUGACUCUGAGGUGGGCCAGGGAGACAUUCAGAUAAUGAAGAGCGAGAUACACCGUAUGGAGGUGCGACUCAACCAGCUGAUGAAGCAGCAAGAGCGACUGCUGAGGGAGAGUGAAGCGACAGUGGCGAGGAGGGAAACCAUCGUACUGCGCAGGGAGACUAUGGUCCUCGGCUCCAACAAACAGAUUACAAAGGGCGAGCUGAACCAUGUCACACAGGGCCUGCAGCGCAAGAUCCAGGACACACACAAGCAUGUGGUGGAGUGUGAGCAGGUGAUCAGGGAGAUACAGACGAGCCAGGUGAGUCUUGGCGACAAGCUGGCGCAGCAGAAGCAGCAGCUGAUAGAACUCUGCGGCACCAGCUACGUUCUUGACCCUGACUUCGGAAAUCUCCAGGACACCAAAGACAGGAACCUCGUCCAUCUCGUGGCUCUACAGAGCCGCACCAAGAAGCUGCAGGGGGUGUGUGAGGGCAGCUACCAAGCCUCCUCCACCAGCGAAUCAGUGGGAGCCGCUCUGCAGAGCCAGAUGGAGCGUGUGCACGCUGCCAGCACCAUCUUGCACCGUGUAUGUGAGGAGUUCCCCCAGCACCAGGGGGCGCUCCGUAGGCUGUCGCUAGCACUUGUAGCACGCACUCAAGCAGCACGCUCACAGGCCCCGGAGCAGGAGACGUCCUGAGGGUGAGGGGGGGAUAGAUACAUGACAGUGAGUACAGGAGAAGAAGUGCAGAGAAUGGAAAGGGAGUUACACAUUAGCAGAAGUUAAGAGCGAAAGAUUAGAUAAGUGAUGAACUAAGAAUCCGAGAGGUUAUGUAUUUUGCAUUCUUUUAUGCUUGACUGAAAUACAGAUUGUGACACAAUGUAAUAAAAUAAAGACUUAUGAAACAGUAAUGGCAAAACAGUGUUUGGCUUUUUAAAUCCAGUUGCCAGUAUGGAAACAUCCAUAUCGGUGAUGCUGAGGUUGAAAGGGUCAGCAGCUCUAAGUUCCUCGGUGUGCACAUCACUGAGGACCUCUCCUGUACCAUUCACACGAACACAGUGACCAAGAAAGCUUGUCAGCGGCUCUAUUUCCUGAGAAGACUGAGGAAGUUUGGCAUGAACACCAGCAUCCUCACAAACUUCUACAGAGGAACCAUCGAGAGCUUGCUGACGGGCUGUAUCACGGUUUGGUACGGAAACUGUUCUGCUCAAAGCCUCAAAUCGCUUCAGAGAGCGGUGGAGGCGGCACAGCACACCAUUGGCAACAGUCUCCCGGCCAUUCAGGACAUUUUCCAACAGCGGUGCCUCCGGAAGGACCAAAGCAUCAUUAAGGACCACAGCCACCCAUCAGACUGUUCUCCCUGUUACCGUCAGGCAGACGAUACAGGAGCCUGGCUGCACCACCAGACCCAGGGACAGUUUUUACCACCAAGCCAUCAGGCUUCUCAACCACAGACACACAUGU